UACGUUAUUUUUGUGGGAAGUCGAAGAAAUAGUAUCGGCAAAUGGCGGCAUUACCCACACCUGGACCAGUCCAGAUGAUCAAUAAGAAUAACACCGCAAUCAGUACAAGACCAAGCAACACCCCUGUAGUCGCCAUUAGCGCUCUUGCUGCUGCUAAUUCCACUGCUAUCGCUGCCGCCUCCAGUAUUAAGCCAAUUACAAUCAUCACGGAGACACCUACACCAACUAAGAACAAACGGGGUCUUAAUAAACCCAAGUGUACUACCUGUGGCAAUGUUGCUCGUUCCAGGUGUCCGUAUGAGUCAUGCAAGAACUGUUGUGCAAAAGCUCAAAAUCCAUGCCCCAUACACGUUCUUAAAAUCAGUGGAACUCCGUCAGAUAAGUCGCCGUCUUCAAACCCUACUCUGUUUGAGCCGCAAAAUGCUGACGCAACUACCCUGGGGACUUCAAUAAGGGCUUCUGCACUGCGUCAACUCUCUCAACUCAACGGAUCACAAGUUCCUCGCCCGAGGAAGCCAACCACUAGAAAGGAGGCUGCAGAUAUAAAUCAGUGGAGGUUCUCCAAGUUGAAGGAGUACAAGGACAGAAACAUUGAGACAGAAAAUGAAGCUUUCGACCGGUACAUGCAGAAUGUUAAUUUACUGGAGGAAGCAUUUUCUCUUAAUUCUUCAGUGGAUGGCAGCAGUGCUGAUGAACCAACCUCCAGCAGUUUGAAAGAUACUGAUGAGAGAGUUGUACACGCACUGAAAGCAAAAGUUGGAUCAAAUAUUGGGAGAACAGAUAGUGUGAGAGAACGUAUACGAGAUAUUGUUAAUCAGGGAUUGAGGAAGUUGCAAAAAGUGGAAUUCAAUGAUGAGGUACUUUCAGCAGAUGCUGAUGAUUUGGAUUCGCUAAAGGAGCCUAAAAGGCAAAAGAAGGAGAAAAAUGUGCGUGCUGAAAGGCUUUUAGAUAUUAAAGAUGUGAUCGAUAAGUUAAAAAAAGCUAGAAAUGAAGAUGAUUUACAGUCCUGCAUCAGAAUGAAGGCCCAGUUGUUUAAAGGGUGUGGAAAAGCCUCAGUUACAGACAAUUAUGUUGGAAGGUCGAAGGAACAGAUUAUGGGGAAGGAUGUUAUACCGGGAAAGGAUUUACCAGCCACGUAUGUUACCAAGGUUGACGUAAGUCAAGAACUUCUACAUUCUCUAGACGCUCACUUCUCUUCCCUUGAAGAGAUAAAAUGUCCUUUGACAAGCAGGUGAAUCGAAUUCUAUACUAGAACUUGCAUCACCAGUACAGAUAUUGCCCGUCCUUAUUCUACCAAUUGUCGACAUGUUGUAAGCUAAUGUUAGUUAAGUUUGUCAUAUACCUUAAGUUAGUUCAGUUUGACAUGUAUCAGAUGCUCGAGCUACUUAUGUCUAGUGCUUAGUUUGAUGAUAAAUGCCUUCAAAAUCUGCAUUUUCCUCUCGUCUGGGCUUUAGGUUUGACUAAGCAGCGCUAAUAAGAAGCAUGCUGAACGAGUAAAUAUAGUUGUAUUUGAGAUUAUAACUUGUCUUCUUAUUUCGGUAAGAAGAUGGUUAACUGUUGAGAACUCUAUGCAGUUACUUA